UUGGGGGCCGGGGUGUGUACCCCGCCCGUCGGCCACCCCGCACCCGCAGCGCCGCAACCUCUGCGAGCUGUGGGCCUGCGGCUGCUGCUCUGCUCUCCUUGCUCCAAGCACUGACCCGGGCGCCCUCAGCUGCCAUGGACGCCCGCCGCGUGCCGCAAAAAGAUCUCAGAGUAAAGAACUUCAAGAAAUUCAGAUAUGUGAAGUUGAUUUCCAUGGAAACCUCGUCAUCCUCUGAUGACAGUUGUGACAGCUUUGCUUCUGAUAAUUUUGCAAACACAAAACCUAAAUUCAGGUCAGAUAUCAGUGAAGAACUGGCAAAUGUUUUUUAUGAGGACUCUGAUAAUGAAUCUUUCUGCGGCUUUUCAGAAAGUGAGGUGCAAGAUGUAUUAGACCAUUGUGGAUUUGUACAGAAACCAAGGCCAGAUGUCACUAACGAACUGGCCAGUAUUUUUCAUGCUGACUCUGAUGAUGAAUCAUUUUGCGGUUUCUCAGAAAGUGAGAUACAAGAUGGAAUGAGACCACAGUUGGACCGCACCGGCUGCAGGACACGCAGUCAGUGUAGACUUUCUGGACAGCUUCGAGUGGCCAUGAAGUUUCCAACUCGAAACUCCAGGGGAGCAGCCAACAAAAAAGUGGCGCCUCCUAAACCCACUGAAAAUUUUGUGAUGGAUUCCAGUUCUGAUUCAGAAGACGAAGGUGGCAUGAAUUUUCUGGAGAAAAGGGCUUUAAAUAUAAAACAAAACAAAGCAAUGCUGGCAAAACUCAUGUCAGAAUUAGAGAGUCUCCCUGGCUCCUUCCCUGGAAGGCGUUCCCUCCCGGACCCUCCUUCACAGUCAAAGACACCCAGAAGACGGACCUUCCCAGGCACUGCUGCGAGAAGAAAUCCUGAACGGAAAGCUCGUCCUCUUACCAGAUCACGGUCCCGGAUCCUUGGGUCUCUACCCACGGAGGAGGAAGAAGAGGAGGAGGAGGAGGAAGAUAAAUACAUGUUAGUGAGAAAGAGGAAGACCAUGGAUGGCUACAUGAAUGAAAAUGGCAUGCCCAGAAGUCGUCGUCCUGGCACCAUGACCCUUCCACACAUAAUUCGCCCAGUGGAAGACAUUACCGAGGAAGAGCUAGAGAAUAUCUGCAGCAACUCCCGGGAGAAGAUAUACAGCCGUUCUAUGGGGUCUACUUGUCAUCAAUGCCGCCAGAAAACGAUUGAUACCAAGACAAACUGCAGAAACUCAGAGUGCUGGGGUGUUCGAGGCCAGUUCUGUGGUCCCUGCCUUCGGAACCGUUAUGGCGAAGAGGUCAGGGAUGCUUUGCGGGAUCCGAACUGGCAUUGUCCACCUUGCCGUGGAAUCUGCAACUGCAGCUUCUGCCGACAGCGAGAUGGGCGGUGUGCCACUGGCGUCCUUGUUUAUUUAGCCAAAUACCAUGGCUUUGGGAAUGUGCAUGCUUACUUGAAAAGUCUGAAACAGGAAUUUGAAAUGCAAGCAUAAUGUUUGGAAGAUCCACUAACUGCUUUUUACUCCACAAAUUGUUAUCAUGUGAUUGAAGCCAGAAUUAAGAAGUUUGACCAUCAUUCUGUUUUAUCGAAAACUCAGACCUAGUCUCCCAUUAGACAUACAGGUGUUUCUCAGCAUCAUGGAGGUAAUUGCUAGCUAUACUUUGCCCUCCUGCAGUUUCUCCUUUGCUUUGUUCCAACCCUAACUCUUUUCUACCCCUUUUAUUUCCAGGGGUUCUCUCACACCAUGUAGUUUCUGAGUUCUUUUUAAAUGACAAUUUUAUGAAAGCACGUUUGAUUUCAUUGGUGUUGAAACAACCCUGAAAUCCAACCAAUAAAACCAAGCACUUAGAAACACAGUAGUGGUGUUAACGUUUCUCUACUGAGUUCCAGAGAAUAGCCCUCUAACAUGUGUCCACAAAAACAGUAGGCUUGAUUUAGUUGUAACUGAAACAAGGUACAGAGGUCAUAAAGCCAUAUGGAAAAAUUAAUUGUUGGAAAGUGUUGUGCAUGAUCUUGGAUCCCUCUCAAGAAAAUCCCAGGUAUUGUGCUUAUUGUAUAUAAGUUGUUCCAGUUGUGAAAAACAUGGUUACCACUAAUUUCAUCCACCAUGAUUUAAGUACUGCAUCUGGAGCACACACUGAGUGGCUCAUGGUUAUUGGGCAGUGCUAUACUUGAAAUUCUUGUAGGAAAAAAAAACAAAAAACAAUACCCUAAGGAGUCUGGGUGGGGAGGCGUCAGGAAUGGGCUAGUUUGAAUUUAUCAAGUUGAACUUUAGUAUGAUUGUGGUUUACCAGCUUUAUUUCAGUCCCCAUAGGUGAAGAUAUUUCCAAUCAGUUCUUCACUAUUUGAUAGGGAGAGUUGAUGCCAACACUCGAGGCACAAUUCUUUGAAUUUUAUGCUUUCUUGAAGAAGUUAUAGGGGUAGUAUCCAUGUUCAGGCCUUAAGUACAUUUGUAACAAUGAAAAAGUGCCAUUGUUGGAGAUGGGUGACUUUCAAAACGGUUUAACUUGACCUCGCUGCCAGUUCAGUUUGGGGCCAGAUUCCACGUGGUGCCUCCCCUUCUCCCCUUGAUUGUAUUAAUCCCCAUCUUUGUAGAGGUGUGAUAUAAGUGUCCUUUUUGCUUGCAUGUGCAGCUUGUUAUUCAGCCUUUGAAUAUUUGAUGCAUAAUUGGAUCUUGACUCAACAAAUGUAAAUAGAGCUUUGGAUCUGUAAUGCUUUUAUACAAAGUUUUAUUUUAAUAAUAAAACAUUUAAUCAAUUAA